AUGUAUCCACUAUCGGGGACUGGACGGGUGCUGUGGCAGUCGCUCGAGGAUCUGAUGACUGCCACGACCAAUGCAUCAAUGCCACACGAUGAAGAAGCAGAUGAUCCAUUACAGGAGGCUUCCAGAACUUAUUUGCCUCUAGACGGGACUUGGUACUCUGGCUACAUAUCACAACUGACUAGGCAUAUGGGCUAUUUGGUAAACCUCCUUGGCGUCUCCAUCAUCGCAAGGCUAGAAGGAUUUUUCCCUUCCCCUCCUCUGGUUAGCACACUUCCGAAUCAGGUCUCUCCUUCUAUCCCCCAGUCCCCUCCGCUACGUCAACCACCUCCAGUUAGUACAACACCAGAUCAAGUUCCUUCUCCUCAUCCUAUGACCCAAUCCCCUCUAGUUAGUUCACUCCCGAAUCAUGGUCCUCCCCAUCCAUCUCCACUCCCUCUAUCCCGACCGCCGCGCCGUCCGGUUUAUUUAUAUCCGAGUCUUCAGCGCCACGAUGAGCUAUGGGCCAGGCUGAAGGAUCUAUAUUCAACCAAUAGAGAUACGCCGAUGAGGGUAUUCAUCACCGAAGACCUCUGCCCUCAACCGCUCGAAAUCGUUGGGCAAGCUUUCGGUUCCCCUAACCCAGAGGUAUUCGCCGAUCGCCUUCGGAAGCACCUUCGGAUUCUUGGAGGACAUUUGGGUAAUAUGGCUUGGAUAUCUCAAAGGACAUUUACAACACAGCUGCGACGGGCUCCAAAGAAUCCGCCGACGAUGGUGGCCCCAGGGCUUCCAACGGCCCGUACAAAGUGA